AUGCUCGGCGAAAAGAGAAACUUCGGGAUCCCACGACAGCGAAUGUGGAAUUCGGCUGGCAGGCUGCCGCCCUUCACGGCCUUCGGCACUGACCUCGAGGCCGAGGGCGCCCUGGCUCGGGUCGCGUCGCAGCUCGCCUACCAGCGCGAGCUCAUUAUCGUCUGCAGUGACGCCGCGCCGACUGCCUCCGCGUCGAAUGCUCUCAACACGGUGCUGCAGUUGCGUGCGCUCGGCCUGCACCACGUGCUCUUCCUCUCCGACUCGCCUGCGUCCUGCCUCUCCAUGCGCGGCGCGCUGCCCGACAUCGCCUGCGUCUGGUCGUCGCGUCUGCCAAAGACGAUGCCGGCCAACCCGGGCCUGUGCGCCAAGAUGUACUGGGGGUACGCCUUCUACUUUUACGACCUGCGCAAGCACUAUGCGGCGCGGCUCGCCAUCGAGUUUGGCGUCAACGUGCUGCAGACAGACACCGACGUCGUGUGGCUGUCCAACCCGUACCCGACUCUCAAGGGCAUCUAUCGAGGCGUCCAGCUCGUCUCGAUGUCGGACACGCCGCUCGUCAACGCGGGCGUCUUCUACGCGCAGGACGUGAGGCCGGGCGACGGCGCCGCCUGGGUGCUGCGCGAGCUCUCCCGCCGCCUCCACCUCUUCAUCACCAACUCGAGCGCAGUCAAGCAGUAUGUGCCGUGGGCGCAGCCGCCGUACUUUGCAAACAUCGACGAGCAGACGCUCAUGAACGAUGUGCUCCGCUCCUCGAUCGCAAACGUCACCAGCUACGCGCAGGCGCCGUGGAAGGAGACGGCAGAGUACGCGCUGCUCAACUUUCUGGGCAAGGAGGUUGGCUCGCCGAGGCCGGCCCGCGCAUGGCUCUCGAUCGCGCCGCUCUGGCUCUUCAUGCCCUUCCCGAGCUCCUUCUCCGCGCGCGAGAUCCGCACGUGCGAGCGGAACGGGACGAUGGGCGUCGACGGCGCAGGCGCCGCGCCAAGCCUGUCUGGCGCCUGGUCUCGCCGCGCCAUCCUGCGGGCGCACGGCUGGUGGGAGGCUGGCGCCGACCGCCUCCUCUCCGCCUACUACGGCUGGGCCAACCGCACCUCGCGCCUUGCGGUCGCCGAGCCGGCGGGAGAGGUGCGGAACGGCAGCUGCGCCGCGCCGCUCGAGCGAGGCGGCGCGCACCGCGCCCUCCUCGGCACUUGCGGCUGGAUGCCGCCUCGCGCCUGCUACCGCCUCCACUACAGCACCGCGGCCGAGCUCGUCGACGCCAAGGGCUCGCACGCCGCCGAGCUGCCGCGCUGCUCCUCCUUCCUGUCUGGAAUCGCGGGGCUGCUCGGGCGUGCGCCCGUGGCAGGAGGGCGUCGGUUGGAGGAGGAGGUUCCGACGCUGUCGCAGCUGACGCGGCUCCGCGACGCCGCCUCGGACGACCUCGCCCGAGCGAGGGCGCAGCUCCGGGCCGCGCAGAACGGCCCGGAGCGGAGGCAGCAGAGGCACCACGAGCAUGCGCACGUCCUCCGCCGCCGGCUGCGUGAGGCGGCCUGCGACGGCGGCGGCGUGCUGCACCUGCUGCCGCCGCCCUCGGACGAGCGGGAGGAGCUGCUGGCGCUCCUCCGCUCGACGGCGCUCCUGCGCCACCCCGUGCGGCAGCUGCCGCCGCUGCUCGCCAACGUGCGGAGCGCGCUCGGCGUGCCGGCCUCGUGGGGCAAUGCGGAGCGGCAGCGGGACGAGUACGUGGCGGAGUGGGUCGAGGCCCUUUACGGCCCCCAGAUCCUUUCCCCAGCAUUGUCGAUUGUGAGCGUUGUGUGGGUGCUUGUCGCGUCGGCUUGUUCAUGUUCGUGGUGGCGUGUGGCGUGGGCCGCAUGGAUGUGA